AUGCCUCUAUACACUAACCCUGCCGAAUUUCUGCUCGAUCUUACAAGCAGUGACUUUUCCCAAGAUGAGGCAGAUGCACAACGCCGACUGGAAAAGCUACAUUCGGCUUGGCGAGAGUCGUCCGAGGCACACGCUAUCUCAGCAUUUGUCGCCGGGCCGUCUUCAGAGAAGGAUGUACUCAUCGGGAACAAGUCUCGUGCUCCCUUUCUGAACGUCACGCUCGCACUCCUUCACCGCUCAUUCAUCAAGAGCUACCGAGAUGUCGUUGCCUAUGGCAUUCGAUUUGCAAUGUACAUCGGGCUUGCGGUCAUGAUGGGAACGGUAUGGCUGCGACUUCCGCCAACCCAGUCAUCGAUAGGACCUUUUACCAACGCAAUCUUCUUCGGUUCGGCCUUCAUGUCCUUCAUGGCCGUCGCAUACGUUCCGGCUUUCCUUGAAGACCGUACUACGUUCAUCAAAGAACGCGCCAAUGGCCUGUAUGGCGCUGCUCCAUUCAUGAUUGCAAACUUCCUGAUCGGGUUGCCUUACCUAUUCCUCAUAUCCCUCGUAUUCUCAUUAAUAACCUACUUCCUCAACAACUUCCGGCCAACAGCUGGAGCCUUCUUCACAUGGGUGAUGUGGCUAUUUCUGGAUCUGCUCGCUGGAGAGUCUCUGGUUGUCCUCAUGUCCUCCAUCUUCCCGAUAUUUGUCGUCGCUCUGGCUCUCAUCGCGUUCGCAAAUGGUCUGUGGAUGAGUGUUGGCGGCUUUUUGGUCUCUCCAGAGAUCUUGAACCCAUUCUGGAAAUACGUCUUCCAUUAUAUUGACUAUCAAGCCUACGUUUUCCGAGGCAUGAUGGUCAACGAAUUCGGCUACCGUGUUUAUGACUGCGGCAAAGGAUGUCACUGUAUGUACCAGAGCGCAUUGGCUUCCCAGUGCAAGAUUGACGGCCAGGCUGUACUGGAAGAGUAUGGGUACCGUACUGGAGACACUGGCAAGUGGGUCGGUAUCAUGCUGGCGAUUAUCCUUGUUUAUAGACUCAUGGGGUGGGCUGUGACACAUUUGCGGAAGACAUAG